AUGUUGAAGAUCCCACUUGGGACCCUCACCCCCUCAGCCUUCAGUCAAUGGCAACACCAACUUCACCACGCCGAUCCUCAAAACCCAAUCACAUCACCAUCAAGCCAACGAUUUGGAUACCCGUUCAGCAUACAAGAAUUCACUGGAAGUAGCCUGAUGUCCAAGAAAACAGCAGCCAGCCCAUUAUUAAUCCGACACCGGUAUCAAAACCCUUUUCCUCCGCCGCCCUUCCCGCCCAAGUUACUGCACAUCUCGACAGACCCGGCGCGGUAUGCAGGUUACCGAUUCCUGCGGAACCUCGAGAAGGAGCGGGAGGUACCUGUUAUCUCGGAUGCUGAUCUGGGGAUUCCGAUCGAGCUUGGCAUCGAGGCUGAUGGAACCUAUGGGCUUGGGGCAUACUGGGAGGGUGAUCGAGAGUGCAUCUGCCCUGAUCCGAAUGCCACCAGGCUGCCCCUCGACCCAGAAGACUUGGCUUUGUUAGCCGAACCCCCGCCGGCGCCUGGAUCCUCAAUCUCAAUCACCAAUGGCAAUCCCCAGAAUCACACCCUGACUGUCCAGGGCACCUCCCAUCAUUCUGCUAGUGCCUCCGGUUCACCCGUUCCAAGCUCAGUCCACAUCCCCGAACGACGCAAGACAGAGGUUUCUUGGCUUCGGAGAACCGAAUACUUCAAUGAUGUUCAACAUAAAUCUCGCGAUAGCAUUAACAACCAAAAGGGUCGAGCUCAAGUGCCCGCAUUGCCGAAAACGAAGACCGAGCGACUGGCGGGGAUUCAUUCCACCUUCGAGGUGAUCGCCAAUAAACCAAUUCAGAGUCUGAAGCACCCCACCAAACCCAAUCUAAAAGCAGUGGAAGCCUUUGAACUUUUACCAAACGAGUCCACCUGGGCCAAUACUUAUGACUUCUUUCGGUUCCAAGAGAACCCGACCGACCGGACCGAUCAGAGCUCAUCAAAAUUAAAUACAUUGGACGAAAGGCUGGAGCAUGCCAUCUUGCGGCCGGUUGAAAUCAAAGCCGGAGGUCCUAGGCUGGCCUACUUUUUGCCAGAGAGUUCAGAGGGGGUGGCAAAUUACAAGCGGAUCAAGGAGGAGAGGAAGAUGAUCGACGAAGCAGAUCAGACUGAAGAAGAGAAGAUGGACGAUCCAGAAGCCGGGGCAGAAGCUGUUAAUGAGUUGCGCUUCGUUCGGGACUACGAGAUCAGUCAAGAGCGUCCGAUCAAUCAAUAUCUCCUGAUCUUUGACGAUGGCAAAGCCUCAGGCCGUCGAAAAGCGGCCUAUUUCAACCCAGUUGGUCAUUUCAGGACGCUGCGAAAACGGAGACCAAAGCCACAAGAACCUGUUCAUGAAGACGGCGAUGGAAAACCACUAUGGGACGGCAUCAGUGUCACUAUCCAGAACGACCCCGAGGUGAUCGACUCAAUCAAGGCCGUCCGCAAGGAGCUGCUGGCACCAGUCUUGGAGCCUCCGAGUGGACCCUAAGUCUACCUACCUCUCACACCCCACCUCCACCCGAGCUGCGGUAGUAGCUUGGGUGGAGGUGGGGCGUGAGUACCGCAGCUCACAUCAUCUCUCUGCUUACAUUAGCACACGGCCAUACAUAGAUAUUCAUGUACACAUCAUGUAGCUAAUCCAUACCAUGUUCUCCAUACUCUCCGCCAGCCAUUUAUGAGCUCUGCGAAAGAAUUGGAAUGCGUACUAGGGUCUCCCAGGCUUUCUCUGACUUGCCACCCCAUUCUUGGCAGUCACAUAUCUCAUAAUGCUUUCUUUCAUCCCUUCAGGAGCUUGGGGAUUAGUCAUUGCUCAUUGAAUGAGAAUGGGCUUUUUUUGUUGUUGAAGUGACUUAGAUCAAUAUAUUCAUGGGAAUUUUGUCCUGCACCACCUGGCCUCCUGAUGAGUGCUUCUUUUAAAAAGGACAAAGCAAAACACUCACUCAUCUAGAAUGACUGAAGCCUUUGCAUCAAUCUGGCCCCAGCUCACCCAAUUGUAUCCCAUUUGUCACGUACACCAUGAUGAUUCUCCUCAUUUGUUCUCUUGUUGCGGGAGCUUUUGUGGUGCU